AUGUGGCAAGCUUUGACGGGAUGUAUAGCAGUCGGAGCACGAUUACGGAGUCGGGGUAUGCAGAUAGAUCCACAGUGCAUGAGAUGUGGAAUGGCGCCAGAGACAGUAAACCACACCUUGUUUGAAUGCCCGCCAGCAUUACAGGUUUGGGCAUUAUCUCCAAUUCCCACAGCUCCGGCCCAUUUUCCGACAGCGGGACUGUUCACAAAUAUGACACAUUUGUUUUGGCACUUACCAACAAAUGAUGAUAGGAUGAGGAUGUACCCUUGGUUGAUCUGGUAUAUCUGGAAGGCUCGAAAUGAUAAGGUGAUUGCAAAUGUGGAUUGGGACCCAAAUGAGAUAAUUGUUAAAGCAACGGCGGAGGCGACGGCAUGGGCAACGGCCCAGGAGAAAUCGGAGACAAGGUAUCCUAGUUCAUCAUCCCCGGAGGAAACUACAAUAGUGGAGGAUGUUUGUCAGGUCGACGGGGCGUGGAAGGAUACAGAACACAGAGCUGGGUUAAGAUGGUAUUUCUGUAACCUUGAAUUUGGGGAUAAAAUUAUGGGAACAUGUAAUUUGAGGCGGGGUAUAUCACCAUUUCAGACAGAAUUGGAGGCUCUUCUUUGGGCGAUGCAGUGUAUGUUACGACUUAACAAGCUCUUAAUGGUUUUUCAAACGGACUGUUCCGAUGUGGUGAAGAUGGUGUCUAAACUAGAGGAGUGGCCGGCAUUUUCAACACUGCUUGAUGAGGUUGACAGGUGUAAGAGGAAGUUUAUCUCCUUCUCCAUUAUGCAAAUACCAAGAAAAGAAAACACGAAGGCGGACAAGUUAGCACGGAGUGCUCGAGCUCUACCUACUGAUGUGUAUUAUGUAAACUCUGUUUCAUCAGCUUGGAUUCCCGAGCUGCUCUAG